AUGACGUUUUCAUCCGGUAACGCCAGAACGCGUAAUUCUACGGGCCAAAGGCUAAAGAACCGGCGACGGAACGGCCCUGUGACAGUACCGGUAACGAUACGCCGCCUUCUCUCAACCUCCGCCGGCUCCGAGAAGGCUGUGCUCAACUUUAUCACAACUCCCAUUUCUCCCACACCCUCCGGAUACGCAUUAACCACCGCAUCCUUCUCGAUUACACCAUUACGCAUUCCCCAUGACCUGUCGGCUCAACGAGAGCUAGGAACAUAG